GAACAACCGGUCACCCAAUAGGGACACGAUCUGUUUUAUUUAUCAGAGACUACAUCCUGUAGCUCUCAGCUCGUCUGUUUUCCAUUUGUUGCCGAGUUUUUGCAGCUGGAAGUCUGCCUUUAUUUUCACUGCACUGCACCGAAUAUCAACCAGAUUUUCUCUCGCACAUAUCUGUGAAGGCCCCUAGAGGAGUUCCGCCGGGCAGCGAUUCCAGGAUAACGCUGGCGGGAUUUGACGUUAGCUCACACCGUUAGCCCUCUGCUGUGAACCGGAUCCGGACAGAGUUUUUCUCUCUGCGUAUCUCACCACAAACAGAAGACUGAAGUUAUGAUGGCGAGUGAAAAUGCUGACGCCAACGCGGGGAACGAUGAGGAAACGGGUCCCUCAGCCGAAUCUAACGAGCACGACUAUGCCCACACUGCAGACACAAACUUGGCGAGCUCUUCCACCAAUCCUCCGGGAGAGCCCGUGCAGAGCGUCCUGGUGCAGCCCUCUGAGUCCCUGCAAAUGGAGCUUCCAGAACCCACUGUGGGUGCAGAGGUAGACUGCCCUGUUGGGAAUGAAGUGGAGGCACAGACCGGAGUACACCCCCAAAAGACUGAAGACUCUCAGUUGGCUGCUCAGGCGGUCCAUCGCGGAGGUCCGCGGCGAGUGAGGCGGCCGGAGGACAAAAACUGCUCCUGCUGCAGGCUCGAGUUCGAGCGGCACGGUCGGUCCUUCAACCGGAGGGCGGUGUACACGUUCACCUCCCCGGAAACUGUGCAGUGGGCCUUCCCGGGCUGCGUGGUCCACGAAAAGUCCUUCCUGUGCGAGACGUGCGCGCAGGUGAUCCGGAGCAAAUGCAAACGCAAACAGAGCGGGAAACGGAAUCUGUGGCUGAAGCCGCCUCCGACUAAACCGUCGCAGGUGAAUGAUAAGAAGGCGGCAGGUUGCAGGAUGGGGAAAAAGAGCAAAGCAGCGCUGCUUGUGAGCAAGUCCAGCUACAAAGCUGCUUUCCAAAUGCUCUGGUCCUCUAAAGGUGCCCGGAAACCCAUGAUGGAGUUCUGGAGCAAACAGCUGAAAAAUGAGAUGAAGACGCUGUCGCGACUGUCAGACAGUCCCUUCCAUCAGAAGGUAUCUGGGAAAAAACCGCUGUCGUCCUUCCCCUGGCGGCGAUGUCUGAACUGGGUUCAGGAAAAGGCUCCGCUUGUCACCACGUGCCUCCGCUCACUGUUCCCAGACAUCAAUGCCCUCUACAAGAGCAACAGCCAGCUGACAGAGGAGCAGGCUUUCAUGCUGCUGGAGCGACGGACUGUGGUGGCGCUCUCCAUCCCUCUCUUCACCAGGAACAUCUGGAAGAACAACUUCCUGCAGGCCGCUCUGGGGGCUGAGCUCCGCCUGCAGGGCUGCUCCGGGUCCGCCCUUGAAAUCCUCAACACUAUGGGCCUGUGCCAGAACAAAGACACCGUCAGGUUGCUGCUGCACAGACUGCGAAAUGGCAAAGACAUGGAUGGAGACGCCGGGAUGAACGCUAAAGAAGAGCAACUGAAAGAACAGAUGGGAGAAGUGAUGACAGAUGAGGAGGAAGAUGAAGAAGAGAAAGAUGAGGAGGAGGAAGAUGAUGACAAUGAAGAGGAGGAGGAAGAGGAGGAAAUGGUGAUGGCAGUAGAAGAGGAGGUAGUUGAAGAGGAAGUGCAGGACGGGAUGCAAGAGGAGGAAGAGGUUGAGGAGGAUCGUGCAGAGGAGGAAAAAGAAGAAAAGAAGAGAAAGAAGAGGGCGAAAAAAUCUGACGCUCAGACAGGGGAAGCACAGCGAGUCUGA